UGAAAUCACCAAGAACAUUUUGACAUUGAAUUAUAGGACACAAUCCCAAAAAAUCAUGAGUUCUGUAGGUUCAUAUCUUUAUUCUAACACACUUGUGAAGUGUGCUGUUGCAGGAGCUGGGCUUUGUUUUCUUGGAUAUUGCAUAUAUUUUGAUAAUAAGCGAAGAAGUCAUCCAGAUUUCAAGAAAAGACUGAAAGAACGUCGUAAUCAAUCAAGAGUGGGAAAGACAUCAAAAGCUGCUGACAUUCAGCUUCCAGACUUACAAAACCAGGAGGCUGUUCAGAAGUUUUUCUUUGAGCAAGUCCAACUUGGAGAGGAACUACUGGCAGCAGGUGAUAUUGAGAAUGCUGUAGAACACCUGAGUAAUGCGGUACCUCUGUGUGGACAGCCACAGCAGCUUCUUCAGGUUCUGGAGCAGACUUUGCCACCUCAGGUGUUCCAACUCUUAAUACAGAAACUACCAGAAGUCAACAAGCACAUGCCACAGACCAAUACCUGA